GGCUAUGCUGGCUCCACUCCACGGGCUUAUCGCCCCAGGUGCUCGUCUGCUAAAUUGCCAAUGUGUAGCGAGUUGCAAGGCUUUUAGGUUUGUGACAAUGACUUAUGUACUCAGUUCCAGGGCCGAAACCUGAGGAACGUCGCCAGAAGUUGUGAACUGGCCCAUUUUUCGUUCGCAAUCCCAGCGACUGUGGUGUGGCAAGCUUUGCGGCUCUGGCCUAGAAUAUCAUGAUGCAUGCUGCCAUUCACAAAGUUUGCCAACGGUAGGAGUUCGCUAUCAGAUGGGGAGCAAUGUCGCUGACGGAGAGAUGGUUGGAGAUUGGCUAGCAGCGCUUGCACCGUUGAAGGCCUAGUUCCUUGAGAACUUCGGGCGCAGCAUGCGAUGUAGAUAUGACAGCCAUUCUAGCAGACCUGGAUAUGGAUGUCGGCGACAAGACACACAGCAUGCUCUCGCUCUCUCCCGGAGCAGCUUGCCCGCAAAGUCUCACAUAUGGUGUACAUGUACACAUAGCCUGCCAGCAAAGUCUCGAUCAUGGUGUGCAAGACGCUUGCCAGCAAAGCCUCGAGUACGGCCUUCAAGUAGCAUUAGCGUCCCGGUGCUAUGUUUGUUACUGUCAUUAAGCUCACUAGUGGCACUAGCAAGCCCUGUUUCCCCGGUACCAGCAGCAGCAGCUGCAGCAGAUACAUCACUGAAAGAUCCUGCAGUGGCAUUGGAAGGUGACUUCACUGAGAGCAGCUCUGUGCAACAUGAAGUACUCGCCAAAGAUGAAACGUUCUCCGGCCGCCACAAGCACGAUGUUGAUGGUUUGGAUGUUGCAGGCGGCGACACGAAAGCAGCAGGGAAAAGACCAGCUGCACUCGAGGAGGGCGUUGCGAACAUUGACCCCGAGCCACUACGCCGGUUCUACGCUGGUCUGAUUCGGAGUGGCGUAACCGCUGCCAGCGGAUUGUCUGCUACGCACCAAGUGCAAUCACAAUGCGACAUCAGCCAUGGCGGGAUCCAAUCACGUGCAACCUCACGCAUCAGCAGUCUCUCACUGCGUAAUCCUGUCACUCAGGCGAUAUUCAUGACCGUUCUCGAGCAGCACGAACACGACCUGGAGCAAUUCAAGAUGUGCCGUGCUGUGAGUGACAGCAGCUCCCUAUUAGAAUGUAGCAGUGUCCGGCCUAUUUGCAAAGAUGGAGAGAAGCAUACAGGCAAGUUUGCCAUGCCCAGUGCGACAACCACUACGGUCAGCACAAGGCGAUGGCCAUGGCUUGAGGUCUUGAACGCAGUCCCAGCGAAGGCCGCUCCAGGGCUGAGUCUCUCGAGUGCUGCGUCAAGUAUGAUGGUGAUAUCGCCAAUCUCAAUCAGCCAUGGCCGCCUCGGCACGAUAAACAUAAGCCUGCCUAUCGUGACACAUGCUUACGGCAACAGAGAGAAGCCCAUAGUGAUGGUGGGUUACAUCGAACUGGUCGUAUCCGUGCAUCGUUACCUUGCUACGAAAUGUGCUGUUCCGCCGGGGAAUCAAUCUCUGCUCCUCGAUGCCUGCCCGGAGAGUAUGGUGUGCGUCGAGGAAGAGGAACGGCCACGUAAAUGUGUUUGCGCGACGGGGAGUUAUCAAGCGGAGACACCACCGCUGCCAGUCGCGGGCAUUGGCGCUGAAACGGACACCGCACAUGUGCGUCUAGUGAACGAUCGCAGAUCUGCUCCGCCACCGGGCACUGAAACCGAAAGGCGAGCCCGCGAUUUGUUUGCGUGCAUGCCGUGCCACUCCAGCUGCGUCCGCUGCUCGAACGGCGAGCCUUGCAGUAACCCUGGCGACACCAUCGCCAUGCUUCUCAUGUCAUCGCUCAACCUGGCAGCACUUGCAGCAACCAUUCUUAUAUCGGUGAUGGUGUUUCUACACCGCCGCAAUGCCGUCAUGCUAUCGAGCAGUUGGCCGUUUCUCAUGACCUCGUUGCUCGGUGCGGCGAUGAUGUUCGCGUCGGAAACACGCUGGCACGAUCAGCGGUCCCGCGAUGUCUGGGACAGCUGCGUUCUCAGCGCCGUGCUCCACAGCAUGGGGUUUUCCCUGUUCUACGGCGCACUGUUCGUCAAGAUGUGGAGGAUCAGCCGGCUCCUCGCACCCGAUUCCCUUGCCACCGUGCUCGUGCAGCGUUCACUCGGGAACCGGGCCCUGCUGCUGCGUCUGGUCGUCAUAUGUGCAGCCAUGGCUGGGUACCAGCUGCUGUGGGUCCUGGUGGAUAGACCCCGCUUGCAGUUGGUGCCCGGCCAGGCGUAUCAGUACCGCUGCCACCAGGGAAACUUCAGAUAUGGCCUUCUCGCAGGCAAGCUGUUGCUAAUGGUGGGAGGACUGGUGCUGUGCGUGCGUACGCGGCGUGCAUCGUCCCGCUUCACCGAGGCGGCCAGACUCUCCUAUCUUCUCUACCUGUGCAUAGCGGUGUUGACGGUUACUGAGACACUGGCGUACGUAACGCGUCAUGGCCAGUCGACCGGUCGCGAGCAGCAAAUCAUGAACACAGUUCAGAUCCAUUUCUCCACGUCGUUCACCAUCCUCUUGGUGUUCCUACCGAAACUGAAGCAAACAAUAAGUCCGUCGUCUUCUUCGCAGCAGUCAAAGAGUGCUCUAAGCUUGACGUCACAUCACACCACACCGGGUGUAAAACCUACGUCUUCAGCCACUGCAGGUGCUGCUCGUAAACGUCUGCCCGCGGCGCUGAAGAAACGACCGUCACUGGGUAGGAUAUCUCCGAGCGCCAAGUCCACCGUGCCGCAUCUGUUCCGCGCCGACUCCGUGUCGCUCGUCUCUCUGCAUCUCGAUGCACAGCAGCAGCAGCUACAGGCGGGUGCUGCCGGGGAACAGCCACACGGACGCCUGCGACGGUCGCAGUCACUCUCGUUCCGGCCCACGCGCCGCGGCAGUGUAUCGUCCACGCACUCGCUGGUCGUGAGAACACGGAGCGACGUUAACUCCGGCGGCUUUGACCAGAACGAGGUCAAACCGGGAGGCGACAGGUCACGACAAAUUGCCUUUCCCAAUAGCAGGAGAAAGUCGUCCGUUGUCAGUACCUCUGCCUGUUCCGAUCCUGAUCUCAGUGAUCCUGCUCAACUGCAGAAUGGUGCAAUUCCGAGCACCGACCAAGAUGCUCAGAAGUGCCAAAAACAUCCUGCACUAGUGCCGCGCCGAUCAUCCGACAUGUCCUCCGCCAGCUUCUACAUACAGCCUACCUUGUUGGAGGACGACGACGAGACGGUGACAGACGUGGAGCCUGUGUUUGUGACGCGCAUGUCUGACCUGUCCAUGGCCUGUUGCUCGCAGCUGCUGGACGAGGCCAGUCUGCUGAGACGGCCGUCGGACAUCUCCAUACAGAGUUUGGCGUCGCCGGAUUCCACGCGGAAACCGAGAACCACCCCGCAUACUCCCAUCACACGUGCGGGCUCAAUCGGCGGUUGCAGUGGCGUGUUCAGUCGCAAGAGCAGCAACGUGUCCGACGUGGCGGUGGUGCCGGAAGACAAGGUACUGCAGACGGCAUACCCGCACACGUUUAGCCCGCAGCUCUCCGAACUCUCAUUGUCCCUGUCCGGCGGGAACACCGGCCGAGUGCUGCAUCGUCACGGGCACGGCAAGGUCACCAAGACAACAUCGCUGGAGAUGUUCACGCGACAGGGCUCGGACCUGUCGGCGCGGAGCCUGCGUAUGGCGGCGCAGGCCAUGGCGUGCAGCUCUCUCCUGGCCCAGUCGCCAACCACUACCACCACACCUCCACGCUCCAUCGUUAAGCAUUCCCCGGCCGGUUCCGUACGCGGCAGCACCAAGCAGGUGUCGUUUGAGUCGAGUACCGAUACGGGCAUUGGCAGAACAUGAUGUGGCAACGGUGACCGAAUGAGUGUCAUUUGAGCCAAGUACUGGAUACGGGCAUUGGGAGAACUUGAUGUGGCAACGGUGACCGAAUGAGUAUCAUUUGACCCCAGCACCGACACGAGCACUGGCAGAAUUUGACGUCACUGAGAAACGGUGACCGAAUGAGUGUCAUUUGACUCGAAUACCGUCACAUGCCUUGGCAGAACUUGACGUAGAAACAGUGACCGAAUGAGUGUCAUUACGUUUGUAUUGUCAGCAGUCAAGAAACGAGAACGCAAUGUAAUUUUUUGACCGGUGGUGAAAAUCAUCGAACUUGCUUCUAUAAUCAUAACCGCGUGCAUGCUAUCAUAUUUUUAAUUUAACGCCUAUAAAGAACAGGCAUAUACAUAAAUCUGAUGGUCUUUCAUCUCUGGAAGUGACAUGCAAGGCGCCGUUUUGAGUAAAACCCCAUCUCUGAAUUAUGAAAAAAUUAUACUUGAAGUGUACGCAUUUGCCUCAUCUGUAUAUCUUGACAGGAGAUUGCUUUCGUUCCUUUCUCUUGCACUAUCGCCUUUUCCUGGUUGUUUUGAGUUCAAUUAUUUUAUUCCUCUCAUCUCCAAGAGUUUGAGACUUCUCAUCAAUCGUUGAACGCUG